AUGUCGUCCUCUCAGACUCCCCAAACCCUCCACCGCUUCUUGGAUCUCCCGUCAGAGCUUCAAGAUCAAAUCUGGGCCCUAGCGAUUGAGGCGGAGAACAAAAUAAUCGAGAUUAAACACUAUGACUUUCUGCAUUACCGUAACGGUCGGCGCGUACCCGAUAGCGAAGCUGCCAAAGAAAAGGAAAUAUACCGGCACAACACUACAUCCAGCGAUAGAAGAAGGCUCUUCAAUGCUUCUAAAGGGUCAAGGAAAGUUCUCCAGGAAAAGUAUGAUGUUCAGCGUCUCAAAGUCAUGUACAAACGGAGCGUCUAUUUUAUACCUAGACUCGAUACGAUAUAUUUUGGCCCGUCGUCAUAUGUAGCUUCGUGGAAUUGGCCAUGGGUAGACUCUCUCGAUGCACGAGAUGACACAUAUUGUGGGUAUGACAGGUUCGGAGCCAACAUCUUAGCUACACCCCCCUCGGGUUUGGCACCCUUGGGAGAAUUUGCAUGGGGCUGGCACCCUUUGAUGAUGUCUCGUGAAUACAAAGCUGAAAGAAUGAAGAUUCAAAAUGUUGCCGUUGAAUUGAACUUCUGGUUAGGAACGCAAGCCCACGAUGACGAAGCCUACCUCGUCAACGAAUUUCCCAACAUAAGAAGAUUCACAGUUACCACCGGGGAUCUGGGAGAGAGGGCUACAUCUUUUGAUAGUGGUUAUUGGGGGAAAUUCCAAUUCUGCAUGCAAAACCUUCGAUUAGUACCAUGCUGUCACAUGUUUGGACAAAACCUCGCGAGCUUACCUGCUUUUUACAGCGCUCGCGGCAGAAAAAUGGAAGCUCAUCUCGGGGAUAUUACGUUCAAAUCCAAAUGCGUUCCGAUCGAUUUCACCCCUAUCCGAGACGUUGCGUAUGAUCGCAAAUAUCCCAGGGAACUUCGUGAGCGUUUGAGAAAUACCUUGUUCCAAACUAGGCUUGUCGAACGUGGUGGUGUCUAUUACGGCCAUGAUUCCAGGAUCAAGCUUCGACCUGGUGAUUGGGGGUGUCCAGAGAUUCAUAGGCCGCAGGAUGAAGAUGGUCCGCUUUGCGUGAACAGGAGUGGAUGGACGAGAACCGUUGAGGCCUUGGUUGAUUACUAG